AUUCGUAAUUUUGCUACCGUGUUCCAUAUUUUCCAUUCACAGGUACCCGAUUGUUUCAUGGUUUCUAAGUUUAAUGGCUCAAAUUUGUACACCACUGCAAUGUUUUCCAGGAUACUAGAUGAAAAUAAAUCAACUACCUACUUCAAUCAACUUACAUAAUAAAUUUAUCCUUUAAUAGGGUCGAGCUUAUGAAAUCUUCGGAACAUGCAAUAGAGAAUUAAUUCUCAAUUGGAUUAUGCAGUUAUCGAGGUGAUAUUUAUCUAGUCUAGCGUUUAAAUUCGAACAUCUACUACUUUUUUUUUUUUGUUUUUUACUUUUAAAUUGUGGCUUCUUUUGUAAAAAAAAAUUAAAAUUAAUGAUUAAAAAUGGCAGGUUCUUUUUGAACAACAAAGACUUCUUACAUACAAAUUACAAUGUAAUCCUAACCCUGGCCUUAGAAAACUCCUAGAUCAACACGCAGGAAGAGUGAGGUCAGUGGUUGAGGUAGCACAUGAGCAUGUCCCAGCUAACCUCGAUUCCUCGAAUUAACCAUCCUCCAUUUAUAACAUCUCUAGAAAAUCCCAAAAAAAAAAUUUCAUCAGCUGAUCGCCACAUAAUAACCAAGCUGAUGGCAACUUACAUAAUCACCUUGGUUCUUCUUCUCAUGUUAUUCUUCCAAUCAACAACUUCUACAAACAUUCCUCCAAAGGAUCAAGACCUCCGCGUCGCCAUUGAAGAAAUGCAGAAGGCUAACUACUUCACCUUUGUCAUGCUGAUCAACAAGUCUCCCUUUGAUCGAAAAUUUCUUGGAAAGGUCACUUUCUUGAUGCCUAAUGAUCGGAUGUUGUCAAAAACCAUAAUUCCACAAAAUGCAGUUUCUAGCUUCUUGCAUAGCCAUUCAAUCCCUUCUCCUUUGUUUUUUGAGCAUCUUCAAUAUAUUCCAAUAGGUUCGAUUCUUCCCAGUUCAAUGCCUGAGUACGUGCUCAAUAUUUCAAGUGGUGGUGGCAGGAGAAGUCCCUUCCUCAACAAUGUGAGAAUCAUCAGCCCAAACAUAUGCACCGCAGGAUCUUCCAUCCGGUGUCAUGGCGUUGAUGGGGUCUUGAGCAAAGUAAAGUCGCCAGGAAGUAACAUAUUAUCUCUACCUACUUGCUCUAACAACAAAGAUUCUGUAGCAUCAGCCUCCCCAGUGGCGUCAGCACCGUCAACAGUUCCAUUGCUUCCUUUCCGCAAUGAUUUUCCCAUGCCUGCCCCCAACCGGCUGACAAUUGCCAACAUAAUUCAGAAUCUUCACAGUAAACUGUUGAAAUUUAUGGCGACUGUUUCGGUGGUUUCAAUGAUUAGUGUUUCCAUUUGAAAGUUUAUAAAUAUUUGAUAAACUU